AUGACGAUGGCUGGGCGGGGGCGUCCAGAAGGGGCCUGCGUGGGUGGUCCCGUCUGCGGGGAGAGCGGCCCCCUGUGUGGGAGGACAGGGGGAGAAGGAACCGCCGGCCAGCUCCCGCUUUCACUGCCUCGUGCUCGGAACCAGGGCGUGGUGCCGCGGCUGCACACGCUCUGUGUCAUUUACAGGAACCUCAUUCAGGGCAGCGUUCAGUUAAAAUUAGUUAAGAGGAACCCACGCUUCGAGGUCAAACCGGGAUGCCAGCAAGUCAAGGACUUGAGAGAACGGCGAUCUGGAGUGGACGAGACUGUCUCGGGGUUUGGCAAGCUGUCUGGCAAGGACAGACACUCCCUCGCGGAGCACAGGGACUCAGAGCUGCCGCGGGCUCCACCCUUCCUGACGCCGGGCGACUCAAGGGCAGGCGGCCGGGCCCUUUCCUCCCAGACACAGAGGCUCCUGGAUUUGUGGAAGGACGAUCCUCACGGAGCGUAG